AUGCGCCCGCCGGCCCCGGCCGCGCUGGGGCUGCUGCUGCUGGGGCUGCUGCUGCCGCUGCCGCCGCCGGGCGAGGCCGCCAAGAAGCCGGCGUCCUGCAAGCGCUGCCGGGAGCUGGUGGACAAGUUCAAGCAGGGAAUGGCGGACACGGCCAAGAAGAACUUCGGCGGGGGCAACACGGCGUGGGAGGAGAAGUCGCUGUCCAAGUACGAGUCCAGUGAGGUCCGCCUCCUGGAGAUCGUGGAGAGCCUGUGCGACAGCAGCGACUUCGAGUGCAACCGCCUGGUGGAGGAGCACGAGGAGCAGCUGGAGGCCUGGUGGCUGCGGCUGAAGAAGGAGUACCCUGACUUAUUUGAAUGGUUUUGUGUGAAAACGCUGGAAGUUUGCUGUUCUCCCGGAACGUAUGGGCCAGACUGCCGUGAAUGCCAGGGCGGGUCUGAGAGGCCCUGCAGUGGAAACGGCCGCUGUAGCGGAGACGGCACCCGAGAGGGCGACGGGUCCUGCCAGUGCCACCUGGGGUACCGUGGGACCCUGUGCACCGACUGCAUGGACGGCUACUUCAGCUCGCCGGGGACUGAGAUGCACGUUGUGUGCACAGCUUGCGACGAGUCCUGUAAGAUGUGCACGGGCCCAACCAACAGAGACUGCACCGAGUGCGAAGUGGGCUGGGUCCAGGAGGGCGGCGCCUGUGUGGACGUGGACGAGUGUGCAGCAGAGACGGCUCCCUGCAGCGCCCAGCAGUACUGCAAGAACGCCAACGGCACCUUCCAGUGCGAAGAAUGUGACCCUGCCUGUGUGGGCUGCACGGGGAAGGGCCCGGGACAGUGCAAGGAGUGCAUCCCUGGCUACACGAAGGAGAGCGGCCAGUGUGCAGACGUGGACGAGUGCUCCCUCCCGGAGCGAGUGUGCCUGAGGAAGGACGAGAACUGCUACAACACCCCUGGCAGCUACGUCUGCGUGUGUCCCGAGGGCUUCGAGGAGACUGAAGACGCGUGUGUGCAGAUGCAGCCCGCGGGGGACGUCAAUGGAAAAAAAUCCUUGGCUGUCCCAGAGGAGAACCUGACACAGCCGCCCUCCCGUGAAGACUUGUAAGGUGUCCCAGCCGGAGCCACACCUGCCCUAAGUUAUUUAGACUGACCCCUGGCGGCACAGCCUGUGCGAGCCCCUACCCCGGCCACAGGGAGAAGCUGCCUUCAAGAUGGUUGACACGCUCAGCCCUUCAAAAGCUGCAUUUUUGGUUCUUAAGCAGAUUUGUAUAUUUUGAUACUGUUCUUUAUAAUAAAAUGAACCACUGAAGGUAG